GGCGGUGCCACGUGAAGAGUCGGUCGGAGCAGGAAGAUGGACGCAGGCUGCGGGGAGACUCUGGCCGGUGGGAGUGAGGCGCCUCCAACCUCGUCGGCCCGCAGUUUCGGGCGGGUCCCGCUUGUGAUGCGCAGAUUCUGAACGCUGCGUCAUCGCGGCGUUUAUGCAGCUGUCAUCCUAACAUGAGCGCUGAGGAGGGAGGGGGCCCCGCCGGCGGGGGGGUGCAGGAGGAGACGAGUUCACCAAGCACCUGUGAGGAGGCCGGAACCUCAGCGGGAGUCCCGCGGCCCGGAGAGGACCUGGAGCCGGACCCUGGGGAGGAGGAUGAGGGCGCGGGGGUGGAGUCCUGUCGGUCCAACGGCAGCGGUGAGGGUUGCAGCCCCCCAACUCCCAGCUGCCGAAUCUGCUUCCAGGGCGCCGAACAGGGAGAGAUGUUCAACCCGUGCCGCUGCGACGGCACAGUCCGGUACACGCACCACCACUGCCUGCUAAAGUGGAUCAGCGAGCGCGGCUGCUGGACCUGCGAGCUCUGCUGCUACCGCUUCCACGUGGUCCCGGUCAACAUGAAGAGACCGUGGCAGUGGCAGUCCAUCACUGUCACCCUGGUGGAGAAGGUCCAGAUGGUGGCGGUCUUCCUGGGCUCCCUCUUCCUGGUUGCCAGUAUUUCCUGGCUCUUGUGGUCCGCUCUGAGUCCCAACGCCGUGUGGCAGCGCCGGGAUCUUCUCUUCCAGAUCUGCUAUGGAAUGUAUGGAGUCAUGGACCUGGUCUGUGUCGGUCAGUCCUCCUCCACUCCAAGCCUCUGUCCCUUUCCUCAACAUAGAUCAGAGCUCUUUAUGUUGGUGUGUUUUCCACCUCCUGAACUGCUGAUGUUCUCCAGGUCUGAUCGUCCACGAGGGGGCAGCAGUGUGCAGCGUUUUCCUCCGCUGGAGGGCUGUCAACCUGCACUGGGACGUGCAGAGCUACGACAAGACUCGAGACCUGAAGGAGACUCAGGCAGCUCGGACUCUAUGGUUACCCCUCACGGCCGCGGGACCCGCUGGCCAACCAGACUCCACCCAGCUGGACGUGCCGGCCUGGACCUGUCUGUGUUUGACUCCUUUCUUUUCGGCCCCUGGGAACCAGAACCACCAGAGUCAGGAGGGUGACUCUGGGGAGGUGGUGAUCCGGGUGACGUCUGUGUGACCACAGCGGGGGCGGGGCCUGAGACAGUCCAGUGUGACCCCAUGUCGGUGCCAGGACAGAUGAGUACCUUCUUGCUAGCUAGUGUCAGAGGGAUCACCUGGUUCUGAACCAUCAUAUAUUGAUUCUGUUCUGGCGUUCUUUUGGUGCCGCUCUUCCAGUUACAGGCUAGCCAGGGUGGCAGCGCAGUCGUGUGUAUCGGUGCCUUAGCAGGCGGAGUGUCGCCGCUGCAGCACAAACGUGAUGUGAAUGUAUCUUUGUUUCAGAAUAAAAGUUUUUGAUAU